CUGAGCUCGAGAAUCAUGGAGCGGAAGCUGCAGGGCACGUGGCUGCCUGCUGGCCGGGGGAGCCUGGAGAGGCCGCUGCUGGGCCCCCGCAGCUCCGCGGUGCCCAUGCUCAGCCCCCCGCAGGGCCGCCACUGCCUCCACGCCGAGAGCAGCGUGCUGAAGCCCAGGGUGGUGACCGUGGUGAGGCCAGGGGGGCACCCCCUCCGCAAGAUCACCCUGCUCCUCAACCGGCGGUCGGUGCAGACCUUCGAGCAGCUCCUGGCGGACGUCUCGGAGGCGCUGGGCUUCCCAAGGUGGAAGAGCGAUCGCGUGAGGAAGCUGUUUAACCUCAAGGGCCGGGAGAUCCACAGCGUCUCUGAUUUCUUCCGGGAAGGCGAUGCUUUCAUCGCCACGGGCAAGGAACCGUUGACCUUGAAGAACAUCCAGGCGGCCAUGGAAGAACUGUACCCCGCCAAAGCCCGGGCCCUGACGCUGACCCAGCACAGCAGGCUCCCUUCGCCGAGGCUGAGAAGCAGGCUCUAUAGCAAGACUCUGAAAGGGGGCCACCACGCUGGGGAAACUGAGGCAGCCCAGAGCUGCAGUGAGGCUGCUGGGUCCCAGGCGGCCAUCAGGCAUCAGGGGAAGACGCCCGUGGAGCCGGUGCUGGAAAACAGGGCGAAGGCCCAGAAGACAUGGGUGAGGGGGAAGCGGGAGCCCGACCCUGGUGGCCAGCCCCCCAGGGAGGCCCCUGUGGAGAGGCGCGCCAGCGGGGAGAAGCACCUGGGCGUGGAGAUCGAGAAGACCUCGGGCGAGAUCAUCAGGUGCGACAAGUGCCGGAGAGAGAGGGAGCUUCGGCAGAGCCUGCGGCGGGACAGGCUGUCCCUGGGCACCAGCCAGCUGGACCUGGGCCGGUGCCAGCGGUACGACGUGGAGAAGCUGGUGAGGACCAGAAGCUGCCGGAGGUCCCCCGAGGCCGAGGCCCCCUGUCCGGGCGGGGAGGAAGGGCCGAAGGGUGACGGCCACAGGAGCAGCCCCAGGAACCCGGCGCAGGAGGCGAGGCCCAGCCAGAGCGGGGACAGGAAAGAGGGCAGAGAGCCCGAAGGCCAGGAAGGUCAGCCGCAAGGAGCAGCCAAGGCGCAGGAUGUCGCGGAGGCUCAGCCCGGCGCCGAGGAGGGGCCGAGGGACGGGAGGAGAGAUGCCAGGAGCAGGCCUGGUGGCUGGGGCCCCAGGGAGCAGCAGGCCAACUCUGAGAAGCCCCCCAGGGCCCGCGGGGAAGAGCAGGAGGCAGAGAAGGAGAGAAAGCCCUGCACGUCGGGGGGCAGAAGGACGCUCCCCCGGGGUGACCAGCCCGCGAGGGUGGAGAAGGAGCCCAACCUGAGGCCGGAGGAGAGCAGGGCGGAGAGGCCCGGCGGCCGGAAGCGGCGGCCCGCGGGCAUCCUCGCGGCCGACGUGGGGAAGCUGUACGAGACCGGCCGCGUCAUCGGGGACGGGAACUUCGCCGUGGUGAAGGAGUGCCGGCACCGGGACACCGGGCAGGCCUACGCCAUGAAGAUCAUCGACAAGUCCAAGCUCAAGGGCAAGGAGGACAUGAUGGACAGCGAGAUCUUAAUCAUCCAGAGCCUCUCGCACCCCAACAUAGUGAAGUUGCACGAAGUAUACGAAACGGACGCGGAAAUCUACCUGAUCAUGGAGUACGUGCAGGGCGGGGACCUUUUCGACGCCAUCAUCGAGCACGUGAAGUUCCCGGAGCACGACGCCGCACUCAUGCUCAUGGACUUGUGCCAGGCCCUGGUCCACAUGCACGACAAGAACAUCGUCCACCGGGACCUCAAGCCGGAGAACCUGCUGGUUCAGCGGAAUGAAGACAAAUCGACGACCUUGAAGCUGGCUGAUUUCGGCCUCGCGAAGCACGUGGUGAGACCAGUAUUCACUGUGUGUGGGACCCCGACGUAUGUGGCGCCUGAAAUUCUUUCUGAGAAGGGUUACGGGCUGGAGGUGGACAUGUGGGCCGCGGGCGUGAUCCUCUACAUCCUGCUGUGUGGCUUCCCGCCCUUCCGCAGCCUGGAGAGGGACCAGGACGAGCUCUUCGACAUCAUCCAGCUGGGCCACUUCGAGUUCCUGGCCCCUUACUGGGACAACAUCUCUGAGGGCGCCAAAGACCUGGUGAGCCGGCUGCUGGUGGUAGACCCCAAAAAGCGCUACACGGCUCACCAAGUCCUUAAGCACCCCUGGAUCGAAACUGCUGGGAAGACCAGCACAGCGAACCCACGAAAGGAGGCAUCUCCCGGCAGCAAGGGCCACCUCCGGAGCCAGCACGCACAGUCCGCAGAGCAGGCGUCCUGGUCACCACCCCCGGUCCCUGUGCAGCCCCCAGCUCUGCUCAAGGACAAAGGAUAGACGGUCAGAAGAAAGACGAUGGAAAGGGCUUCUUCACAUAAUUGGAGAAUCGGGAAGGAGAGAUGCUCAGUAUAUUUUAAAAAAUACAGUCGAGUCUUAAUGUUAAAUGUUGUACCAUAUUUUUAGAUUUGUAUAUUCGAAACCUUUAAUACAUUUUUUUGGGGGCGGGAGGGAAGGACUUGUCAUCAGUGAGGAAUUUUUGGUAAUGAUGUGUUUUGCUUCCUUCGUAUAAUCAAGUUCAUGGUGUGCGACAUGAGUGGUGCUUUCUGGGGUCUCAGUGCCCCCUGUGAGAUUAAUAAGGUGAAUCAUAGUCUUUCUGUGUUAAUAAAAUGUGCUCUGAAUGA